AUGUCGACAAAGAAUAUCACAUUCUACGAGGACAGGAACUUCCAGGGCCGCUCCCAUGAGUGCGACACCGACUGCCCCGACGUGCAACCCCACUUCAGCCGCUGCAACUCCGUCAAGGUGGAGAGCGGCUGCUGGGUGCUGUACGAGAAGCCCAACUACACCGGCUACCAGUACGUGCUGACCCGGGGGGAGUACCCGGACUACCAGCGCUGGAUGGGCUACAACGACACCGUGCGCUCCUGCCGCACCUUCUCCUAUGUGAGUUAUGUUCCUGGCCCCUUCCGCGUGCGCAUCUACGAGCGGCCCAAUUUCCAGGGCCAGAUGAUGGAGUUCAGCGAGGACUGCGACUCGGUGCAGGAUCACUUCCGCAGCCGCGACGUCUACUCCUGCAACGUGGUGGAGGGCUACUGGACCCUCUACGAGCACCCCAACUACCGCGGCCGGCAGUACUUCAUGAGGCCCGGAGAGUACCGCAAGUUCAGUGACUGGGGGGCCACCUGCGCCACCACCGGGUCCUUCCGCAGGAUCACAGAGUUUUAAUCCGGAG